AUGAAUACUUCAAUUCGAUUAAGAACUUUUGGAUCUGAUAAAUUGGACUUUAGUUCUAAUGAUGGUUUUUCUAGUAGCCGAUUAAAAACAUUUUUAAAUAUAAUAAGAAAGUAAAUUUGAGAAGGAUUAUAAUAAAUUCAUAAAAAUGAAUCAACAGCCUCGUCUUGUGCAUAAUUAAUAAAGGGAUUGAUAUAAACAACAUUUCAAGAUAGAUGGAAAAAAAUCCAUUCUUUAGGAUUAUGUAAAUAAUAGAAUAAAUUAAAUACAGAUUUAGUAUUUUGUUCAAUAAUAACAAAAAAUAAUUUGGAAAGAUUAUUUUAAAUUUGUUUAUCAUCUUUACAUUGUUCAAAUGAUGGAUAUUUGUCGAGUGAAGAUGAAUGUAGAAUGAUUAUUAAUGAAAUAUUUUAGAAGUAUCCAAGAUUAAAAUAAUCUAAUUUAAUAGUAGAAAGUUUAAAAAUAUGUUUUACUAAUGUUGUUGAUUUUUAUGAGUGUAGUAAAACUAAAUAAAUAAUAAAAUAAAAUGGGUCAUUAAUAAUUAAAUUUCAAAUAAUUUAUUAUAAGUGAAAUAAUUUUAUUUGGAUUUUAAAUGUUUGAAGUGAGUAAAUCUUAAAUUUAAUAGAAAAAUCCUUAUUUGUAUUUGAAUGAGACAGUAUUGCAUAUAUUAGUGAUUUGGUAUUUUGAUUACAUUCAAUAGAAUAGUAAGAAUUUAUAAAUUUUUUAUCUUAAUAAUGACAAGAGCUCCAUAACAUAUAAUAAUGCACUGAUUUUAAAAUUGGGAUUUAUUAUUUCUUUAUAUAAUUUUUAUUCUAAAUAUAAUAGGAAUUGUAUUGGAUGUUUAAAUGAGGUAGAAUCAUUUUAUUUACACUUAACUUUUAUAAUUCACAUAAUAAAUGAAUCUAUAUAAAAUAGAAAUUUAUCUGUUGUUUAAAUAAGUUUAAAUUAAUUAUAAUCAUGGUAAUGUUUACUUUAAAUACUUCCAGAUCCAACCAGUAAAGCCAUCUUAAUUUUAUAUUAGAGAAUGAAAUGUUAAACAAUAUAUAUUCCUACAAAAGUUGUUAUAAAUUAAUUUCACAGUAUGAGAUCUAUGGAUGGAGAAUAGAAAAUUAUANAAUAUACUCAUAUUUGCAUAAAUUACUGUUCUUCCACUAAAAUAAACAAAUUAUCUUAGAUAAGAAAAUCUAUAAAAACAACAAUUCCUUAUGAAUACUUCAAUUCGAUUAAGAACUUUUGGAUCUGA